CCCCCGCGCCGCCUCAUCCGGGGUCACGGCGCGGCGGUUGGGCCAUGGCUACGGUAGCGGAGCUGAAAGCAGUUUUAAAGGACACACUGGAAAAAAGAGGUGCUCUUGGACAAAUAAAAGCAAGGAUCAGAGCUGAAGUUUUUAAUGCGCUGGAUGACCAAAGUCAACCACGGCCACCACUGUCUCAUGAAAAUCUCUUAAUCAAUGAACUAAUUCGUGAAUAUCUGGAAUAUAACAAAUAUAAAUACGCAGCAUCUGUUUUAACUGCAGAAUCUGGCCAGCCUGAAGUGCCCUUGGAUAGACAGUUUCUUGCCAAGGAGCUGAACAUAGUUGAAGACACAAAUGGAAAAUCAGUACCUCUCCUGUAUGGAAUUAUCUCUCAUUUCUUACAUGGUGGCAAAGAAGAAGGUGCCCAGAAUACAGUUCCAAAAGUGUCUUUGAUGAGUUAUCCAAAGCAGAACCUUGGCAAACCAUCUACUGAGAGAAAUCAAAAAGGGUCAUCUUGCCCUAUUGACUGCGAUAGAAUUUCAGACAGAAUUCCAGAACCAGGAAGGAUGGCUGGCAUAAGCAUCGAAGAGCCCCUUGUUUUACCAAGUAUAAACAGAUGAUACCUUUCAUAUGCUAAUUUGCCAUGUCAUGCUCUGUAAGAAUUAAUUUAGGAAAUUUCAUCAUUGUGGCCAGUGGGACCAUUUUCAGUUUGUUAGAUCUACCCAUGGGACAGGAUAACGGGGUCAUACUAUUUGUCAACCAAAAGGACAUUAGCAAAGGUUCUCUUCCUCCAGUGCAGAUAGAAGGAAAACUGUGUAUCCAGUCAGAUUAGUGAAGCCUGUGUCUAGAACUAGGCCUGAAAAUACUGGGUUUAAUUUAUAUAAGUUUAUCAGAUACAUUUUGAUUCUGCACUUUCCUCACAUCUUCCUGUGUCUUCCCUGUGAUUCUGAAUAAAAUUGUUCGGUUUUA